CACAUUGGCAUAAGAGAGAGAGUGGAAGAAAAAGAGAGGUACGACCGACUAAACGACAUUCCCGCGGAGAUGAACAGUUCUCGGUUAACGUUUAAGGCAGCAUUUCCAAGAAUGAUUUGAGAGCGAAGAUAAGGCCUUUUUGAUGUUCAAAGUUAACUACAUGUAGGCUGCAACCUAUGGGCUACAUGUAGGCUAGCCCUGGCGGCAUUACACUUUCGUAUUCUACUACUUUCGUAUUGUAUCUGUGUACAGAGGAAGAGUCCUAUAUAGGGCUACGUGUAGGUCUACCAGUUUGCUUUACAUGGUGUCGUUGACUAUCUGUAUGGCUGACUUCAUUCGAUUUCAACGGCAGUUUUGAGUCAAUACAAUUCCAUUUUCAGAAGAUUGAGUAUUGAUCUGUCUUCAGUGAUAACAUCCCAAAGCGCCAUCAACAUGUCUCAGCCAUCUCUAAAACAGUGGUAUGAAGACAGGAAGAGGUUGAGGGUCGACUAUGAUCAUUCAAGGUCAAAACCAGUAGAGAGGAAAAACAAAAUCAAGAAGAGUAGACAGGCGGCUUUUAAAUCUGCAUUAGCGGAGAGGACAACGCCAUCGGGACAGUAUCAAGACACCAAGACGAACACGUCAGAUUCAUCAUUGGGCAAAGAACAAUUCGGAGCACAAGAAAAAAGAGACGAAGCCUCAUCCCAUAAAAGCAAAGACGCUCAUCACAUGAUACAGAUCUUUAUCAAGACGCCCAUCAACCCCAAUACCCUCUGUCUACGACUCGAUCACAAAACAACCGUCUCCGACCUGAAAGACACAAUUCACAGGAAGUUGGCCAUUCGUCCUGCAUUGCAAAAUCUGUACACUAACAACAAAAGGUUCAAGUUGUGUGACGCUUUGACUCUUCUGGAUCUUGGCAUUAAACCGGAGACAAACGUUGAUCUAACACUAGCAGAAGGUUUGCUUGGUGGCGCCCCAACACCAGUAGACAAGACACUGCUUCGGACUUUAGCGGUAAACCUCUGCAAGGACUGGCAGCAUCUCGCAGUCAAGCUCAAGUUCAGACCAGCAGAGAUUGGCAAGUUUGAACGCUUCGCUGAGAGCAGCCCAGAAGAACAGGCUCAUCAGAUGUUAGUUUCUUGGUUGGGUGAGCAGCAAGCUGAUGACAGAGAAGCAGGGGAAUGGUUGAGAAGUGCUUUGGCUCAAAUAGGUCGUCGAGAUUUGGCUGCAAGGAUCCCAGGUUACGAACCCACAUCCCCAAGAGCAGGUAACAAAGGGAAGUCGCCGGAUGCAUCAGGAGUUGAUAAGAAGAAACUACGAGUCCCUGAGGCAGACAGGACUGAUUUGCCACAAACCUCAGGUUACGAACCCACAUCCCCAAGAGCAGGUAACAAAGAGAAGUCGCCGGAUGCAUCAGUAGUUGAUGAGAAGAAACAACGAGUCCCUGAGGCAGACAUGACUGAUUUGCCACAAACCUCACGUUACGAACCCACAUCCCCAAGAGCAGGUAACAAAGAGAAGUCGCCGGAUGCAUCAGUAGUUGAUGAGAAGAAACAACGAGUCCCUGAGGCAGACAUGACUGAUUUGUCACAAACCUCAGGUUACGAACCCACAUCCCCAAGAGCAGGUAACAAAGGGAAGUCGCCGGAUGCAUCAGUAGUUGGUGAGAAGAAACAACGAGUCCCUGAGGCAGACAUGACUGAUUUGCCACAAACCUCAGGUUACGAACCCACAUCCCCAAGAGCAGGUAACAAAGAGAAGUCACCGGAUGCAUCAGAUACUGAUGAGAAGAGACUACGAGUCCCUGGGGCAGACAGGACUGAUUCGACACAAACAUCAGGUUUUGUACCCACAUCCCCAAGAGCAGGUAGCAAGAGGCAGUCACCAGAACAUCAGUCAACAUCCGAUGCAUCAGGUAUUAAUGAGAUGUUAGGAGUCGUAGCUAGGAAUAUUGGAAAGGAUUGGAAGCAACUCGGCACUUCUUUAGGCAUUAAAGCUGCACAGAUUGACACAUAUCCAAUUGACCAUCCAAAUGACGUCAGAGAGCAGAUCUAUCAAAUGCUGUGUGAUUGGGUGUGGAAACAAACAAGCCAAAAGGAGGCUGAAGACGUGUUGAUCGAGACGCUUCUCAAACUCGGCCGCGCUGACAUUGUUCAAGAGUUACCAGGUAAUGCAAGCACAUCCCAAGGAGCAAGUAAGAUAGACGAAGUUCACUGCAGGCAGCCAAAGGAACAUCAGUCAAUAACCGAUACAUCAGAUAUUAGUGAGAAGAAGUUAGGAGACCUUGCUGAGCAUAUUGGAAAAGAUUGGAAGCGACUCGCAACUUGUCUGGGUAUUACAGCUGCAAAGAUUGACAGAUACCAACUCGAUUAUCCAAAUGAAAUCAAUCAACAAGUCUUCCGGAUGCUUCUGGAUUGGUGCAGACAUGACCCAGAGGCGGCUGAAGAUGGAUUGAAAGAGGCGCUUAAAGAAAUCGGCCGUACUGACAUUCUCAAACUAUUAGGUGAGAUGGAGCUGCCCUCCAAAGCGUUGGUUAAAACUUUGGUGAGUCAUUACAAGGAGACGCUGAAAGUGACCACACACCCUGCAUAUAAGGAUAUGGCUGUUGAUAUGGAUCAACUUUAUGUAAGUUUAGAACUUUUGCAAGAAACAAACCAACCCAAUCAGCCAACCAUAUUGAAGUCAUGUUUCAGUCAAGAAAAACAUAAAACAGAUCACACAAUACACAUUGACGCUAAAGGCGAACACGAGAUCGAUAAAACGCAAACGGCUUUUAAGACAAUUCCUCUCAAGUCAUACGAAGACAUCCUAAGCUUGGAUAAGAACAGAAUCUUAAUCACCGCUGAAAGUGGGUAUGGUAAAUCAACGCUUCUAAAAAAGAUAGCUUAUGACUGGGCUGUUUUACAGACUGAUACUUACUCGACCCACCAAAAACAAGAGUCACCUCUGUCAAAGUAUAAGCUCGUCUUUUUGUUGGAAAUAAACAAAAUGGAGGUCAAUUUCAACAUAACGGAUGAAGUAUUUUCUCAAAUAUUGUCUCAAAACGAGUUUGGGAAAAAGAAUCUUGAAAAAUACGUAACACAACACCCAGAGAAUGUGCUAAUUCUUCUUGAUGGAGCAGACGAAAUCUCAUUCGAGAGACUACAAAGGGCAAAUGAAGACUUCAGUGUUAGCAACGUCCUCUCAUUCAAGUUGCUUAAACGCUGUAAGACAAUUGUAACAAGUCGUCAAUCUACAGCUCUUAAGUUACUGAAGUGCAAUCCAGAUUUCACAAGAGUAAACAUAGUUGGGUUUGAUGACAAAAAUAAGCAAGAAUAUGUUCGUAAAUACUUCAGCAACUACGAUUCCCAACACCAUGAUCAUGUUCUUUCUGAAAUAAAUAAAUCGGAAACACUCCGAAGUUUAGGGGAGAUUCCUCUGUUUCUUUGGCUGAUGUGUUCAUCAUUAACACAGGUCAAAAGUCGACUACCUGACAGGAUUACAGAACUGCUUCAUCUCGCAAUCAGGGUAUUCUACGAUCAAAAGAAGAGCAAAGAUCGCACAUCCAGUCCCUCCAAGAAAAUAACGGAUAAGAGGUUUAAUGGACUGAUCGUCAAACUUGGGCGGGUUGCACUUGAACGUUCGAUGUUAAAAGGCCAUGCACAAAAUUCCUUCGCGGUUUCAGAGUUAAAUUCAAAUGACCUUGUUACUUUUGGAUGUGAAGUCGGCUUGCUGACUCGAGUGCAGUUCAUGCACGGUAUAGAAAAGGUUCAACAAGUCCAAUUCCACCACAUGAUAUUCAUGCAGUUUUGUUGUUCCGUUUACCUGUCUGGUUUGGCAGAAUCGAAUUCUGAUAGGUUUUACGAGUACAUGUUAAAAUUGUUAGACGUAGAAAGAAAUGAAUAUUUAAUUCGUUUCUGCAGCGGGAGAUGCAAGAAAGCUGCAGAAUGUAUGAUAGAGCUGACCAGAAAGCACCUCUCAGUUUACAAUAAAAACACUCCUGUUGAAUGUGAGAGGUAUGUAUAUUUACAUAGGAUAAUGAUGUUGGUUUUGUUUGAAGCCAAGCUUGGUUCGACUAUUAAAAACCUCACACAAGAUGAGUGGGUAAGAUUCCCGUAUAAGCUGAAAGGAGAAGACCUCUUGGCUGCAUAUUAUUUCAUUCGAAACCUACCAAAACGAUCUAGUCUUCAUCAUGUUUCACAUUUAACGAUUAUGUGUCAAGGACAAACCGAUUUAGAUCUCCUGAAACAAGUUAUGGCUAGAACAAAGUGUGAUUUAUCAUUAGAAGUAGUUGGAGUCAACAUGAACGACAAGAUUCAUCAACUCAAAAACAUGUCUGCAUUUGUAACAUCACUCUCGUUAAGAGAUUGUAAGUUAAGCUGUGUCUCUGUCCCUGAACUUUUCAAGUUAUUUCAAUUAGCUACCAAAUUAAAUACAGUUUGUUUGAGUGGAAACAAUUUGCAAGGUUUGAAAUCAGAGCAGAUACCUCGUAUUCAUUCCUUGGAGAACUUGAUACUAGAUGGGUGUAAGCUGACGAAGGAUGAUAUCGGGCCACUUUUCUCAAUCGUGGCUGCUGCAGGUAGUGUAAGGAAACUAUAUAUUGUGGGAAACGAUCUCCGUGGUGUUAAAAGAGAACAGAUAACUCCAGUUUCUUCCUUGAAGGAAUUGCAUCUGUACUCGUGUAGUAUACAGAGUGAAGAUAUUGGGUCAGUUUUCUCCAUCGUGGCCGCUGCAGGUAGUGUAACAACACUUGUUCUUAAAGAUAACGAUCUCCAUGGUAUUAAGGGGGGCCAGAUAACUCCAGUAUCUUCCUUGAAGACAUUCUAUCUACUCUCGUGUGGUAUACAGAGUGAUGAUAUUGGGCCAGUUUUCUCCAUCGUGGCUGCUGCAGGUAGUGUAAGGAAACUAUAUAUUGUGGGAAACGAUCUCCGUGGUGUUAAAAGAGAACAGAUAACUCCAGUUUCUUCCUUGAAGGAAUUGCAUCUGUACUCGUGUAGUAUACAGAGUGAAGAUAUUGGGUCAGUUUUCUCCAUCGUGGCCGCUGCAGGUAGUGUAACAACACUUGUUCUUAAAGAUAACGAUCUCCAUGGUAUUAAGGGGGGCCAGAUAACUCCAGUAUCUUCCUUGAAGACAUUCUAUCUAUGCGCGUGUGGUAUACAGAGUGAUGAUAUCGGGCCACUUUUCUCAAUCGUGGCUGCUGCAGGUAGUGUAAGGAAACUAUAUAUUGUGGGAAACGAUCUCCGUGGUGUUAAAAGAGAACAGAUAACUCCAGUUUCUUCCUUGAAGGAAUUGCAUCUGUACUCGUGUAGUAUACAGAGUGAAGAUAUUGGGUCAGUUUUCUCCAUCGUGGCCGCUGCAGGUAGUGUAACAACACUUGUUCUUAAAGAUAACGAUCUCCAUGGUAUUAAGGGGGGCCAGAUAACUCCAGUAUCUUCCUUGAAGACAUUCUAUCUACUCUCGUGUGGUAUACAGAGUGAUGAUAUUGGGCCAGUUUUCUCCAUCGUGGCUGCUGCAGGUAGUGUAACAACACUUGUUCUUAAAGAUAACGAUCUCCAUGGUAUUAAGGGGGGCCAGAUAACUCCAGUAUCUUCCUUGAAGACAUUCUAUCUAUGCGCGUGUGGUAUACAGAGUGAUGAUAUCGGGCCACUUUUCUCAAUCGUGGCUGCUGCAGGUAGGGUAAGGAAACUAUAUAUUGUGGGAAACGAUCUCCGUGGUGUUAAAAGAGAACAGAUAACUCCAGUUUCUUCCUUGAAGGAAUUGCAUCUGUACUCGUGUAGUAUACAGAGUGAAGAUAUUGGGUCAGUUUUCUCUAUCGUGGCCGCUGCAGGUAGUGUAACAACACUUGUUCUUAAAGAUAACGAUCUCCAUGGUAUUAAGGGGGGCCAGAUAACUCCAGUAUCUUCCUUGAAGACAUUCUAUCUAUGCGCGUGUGGUAUACAGAGUGAUGAUAUUGGGCCAGUUUUCUCCAUCGUGGCUGCUGCAGGUAGUGUAACAACACUUGUUCUAGAGGAUAACGAUCUCCAUGGUAUUAAGGGGGACCAGAUAACUCCUGUUUCUCCCUUAAAGAAAUUGGAACUGUCUGCGUGUGGUAUACAGAGUGAUGAUAUUGGGCCAGUUUUCUCCAUCGUGGCUGCUGCAGGUAGUGUAACGACACUUGUUCUAAAGGAUAACGAUCUCCAUGGUAUUAAGGGGGACCAGAUAACUCCUGUUUCUUCCUUGACGGAAUUGAAUCUAUCCGCGUGUGGUUUACAGAGUGAUGAUAUUGGGCCAGUUUUCUCUAUCGUGGCUGCUGCAGGUAGUGUAACCACACUUGUUAUACAUGACAACGAUCUUCAUGGUAUUAAGGGGGACCAGAUAACUCCAGUUUCUUCCGUGAAGGAAGUGCAUCUAUACGCGUGUGGUAUACAGAGUGAUGAUAUUGGGUCAGUUUUCUCCGUCGUGGCUGCUGCAGGUAGUGUAACGACACUUGCUCUAAAGGAUAACGAUCUCCAUGGUAUUAAGGGGGACCAGAUAACUCCUGUUUCUCCCCUAAAGAAUUUGCAUCUGCUAUCGUGUGGUAUACAGAGUGAUGAUAUUGGGUCAGUUUUCUCCAUUGUGGCCGCUGCAGGUAGUGUAACAACACUUGCUCUAAAGGAUAACGAUCUCCAUGGUAUUAAGGGGGAACAGAUAACUCCUGUUUCUUCCUUGAAGGAAUUCCAUUUAUACGCGUGUGGUUUACAGAGUGAUGAUAUUGGGUCAGUUUUCUCCAUCAUGGCUGCUGCAGGUAGUGUAACGACACUUGUUCUAGAGGAUAACGAUCUCCAUGGUAUUAAGGGGGACCAGAUAACUCCUGUUUCUCCCUUAAAGAAAUUGCAUCUGCUAUCGUGUGGUAUACAGAGUGAUGAUAUUGGGUCAGUUUUCUCCAUCAUGGCUGCUGCAGGUAGUGUAACGACACUUUUUCUAGAGGAUAACGAUCUCCAUGGUAUUAAGGGGGAACAUAUAACUCCUGUUUCUUCCUUGAAGGAAUUCCAUUUAUACGCGUGUGGUUUACAGAGUGAUGAUAUUGGGUCAGUUUUCUCCAUUGUGGCCGCUGCAGGUAGUGUAACAACACUUGCUCUAAAGGAUAACGAUCUCCAUGGUAUUAAGGGGGAACAGAUAACUCCUGUUUCUUCCUUGAAGGAAUUCCAUUUAUACGCGUGUGGUUUACAGAGUGAUGAUAUUGGGUCAGUUUUCUCCAUCAUGGCUGCUGCAGGUAGUGUAACGACACUUUUUCUAGAGGAUAACGAUCUCCAUGGUAAUAAGGGGGACCAGAUAACCCCUGUUUCUUCCUUGAAGGAAUUAUAUCUACUUGCGAGUGGUAUACAUAUUGAUGAUAUUGGGUCAGUUUUCUCCAUCGUGGCCGCUGCUGGUAGUGUAACGACACUUUUUCUAAAGGAUAACGAUCUCCAUGGUAUUAAGGGGGACCAGAUAACUCCUGUUUCUUCCUUGAAGGAAUUGCAUCUGUACUCGUGUGGUAUACAGAGUGAUGAUAUUGGGGCAGUUUUUUCCAUCGCUGCUUCUGCAGGUAGUAUUGAGAUGAUUUGGCUCAAUGCAAAUAAUCUGCGUGGUAUUGAGGGGGAGCAGAUAGUUCCCGUUCCUUCAUUGAAGUACUUGGGUCUAGAUGAUUGUGGUCUGCAGGACGAUGACUUAAAGGUGUUCUCAUUGGCUCUGCAAAUGGACAUCAACGGUUCCCAACUUUUAAGACCUACCCAUUUACAGCUCCUUUAUCGUUUCGUUGUGGCUCAAUCUUUGUUUAUAGGAUGGCGAUAAAUUAAGGCAGUCAGCUUGUUCGUUCACCACGGAUUUGCAUUCGUAUACUGACUACUAUUUGCUUACAGUAAACGCAGGUGUGUCGGCCGGUUUACCCGUUCUAUACUGGUUAGCAUUGCUAAAUAAACAAGACAUUCACCGUGAGCACCAUUUGGCAUGUAAGGUGUUACGCAAGGACAUUAUCAUCAUCAUUAGUGAGGCUGUGUGUGGGGGUGUGUGUAGCCCUCCUCAUGUAAACGACCAUUAUAUUUCUUGCAGUUCUGGUCCAUGUUGUUCAUGCAUAAACCCUGAUGUCAUCUCUCCAUCUUCUACUUCUUUUCCUUUGUCCUGCCCUGUCAUUGGUUGCCAAUCCAUGAUUCGUGUUGUCCAUUUGUUGUCAUUUCUUCGGGCAAUGUAUCCAGCCCAUCUCCAUUUAGCUAAUUUUAUUGUCCUUUUGAUGUCUCCAUACUCCAGUCUUCUUUUGUAUUUCUGUGCAUUUAAUCCUGUCUCUUAUUGAGAUAUGUAGCAUAUGACUUUCCAUUGCAUGAGUUGGGCGGAGUUUUUGUUCUAUCAGUUUUGCUGCUCCUUACUGUUAUUGUUGGUUAGCACACACUGAUCAUACACUUUAUUCUUAUAAGUGCAUUAGGAAUGUUCUUAUCGCCCAGUAUUCCUCGGUUUCGUCCAAAGGAGCUCUACUCUGCCUUAAUUCUAGUUGACACUUCAUCUUUAGUGUUGUCGUUCAUUUUUACUGUUUGGACCAGAUAUUUGUAUUCAUUGACUCUGUUGAUCUCCUCUUACUUAAAUUGACCAAUAAUAAAACAGCGUACAGUUUUGACAAGGUAUACGUGCUUCGUCGCGGCAUUGCGUGCUCUUUCAUAAUAGCACGAGGCACAUGCAGUGCUGCAUUUUGAGAGAAUGAAAACAAGCAAUGAAAACAUCUUCAUUGAGUUGAUUUGUAAGCAACGUUUAUCUUCUGUUCCCCUCUUAAGAACAAACUCUACCAGGCAAGAAGAUAUACACACAUGGUGUUACCGCACACCAGUUGAUACCGUGCAUCGCCUAAAAUCACAUCAUCGUUUAUCUAACCAGUCACCUUAAAAUCUUCUUGAAGCCUGCAGACGUGUUUAUUUUGCAAUGCUGGCCCCUUCCUACUGAUCAUAUUAACAUUACAAGAAGUAAUCUUUUGUAAAACAUCUCCGUAUUGGUUAGGGUGCAGUUAUUACAGCAUUAAGUAAAUUUAUAUAAAUGUCAAUUGAGUAACCAUCGUACUAAAAACUACAAAACGUAAUCUUUGUAAAAAAUCUCCGUUUUGAUGGGCGCGCGGCAGUUCUUACUGUAAAAAAUAAAUCACGAUUUGCGUAUAGUACAGUAUAAAGUAAACUGUUGUUUUGAGACUCACAUCAAUCAACAUAAUAUCAAUCGUUUUGUGAAAAACAACCAGUCUGUCUGUGACAGUCCAAUUUAUUACUCAACAUAUAAUAACGGCAUUUGGCUUUGUAUGCUUAAAAGUGGUAAGGGCAACUGUGUUAAUUAUAAUGUAUGACACAUUUACUUUCACACCAUCGAAUAUUUAAUUUGGAGUGUAAAAUAAUGUACGAGUGUAUAAUGAUUUAUAACUACAUGUAAAUAGCAUAUAAGCUUUCCUAAUGAUAAAAACAAUGGCCUUCCACAUUUGCAUGUGAAGCAUUGAGGUGUACCUUCUUGUACUACAAUAUAACAGAAUGUGCACAUAUUACAAAUAAUGUACGAGUGUAUAGGAUUUAUAACUACAUGUAAAUAGCAUAUAAGCUUUCCUAACGAUAAAAACAACAUCCUUCCAUAUUUGCAUGUGAAGCAUUGAGGUGUAUCUUCUUGUGCUACAAUAGAAAAUGAUAUGCACACAUUACAAGGUACAAUAAUAAUAAUAAAGAAAGCUCCUCUCUAAGACA